AUGGCGGACACUAUCAAAGACAUAGUCAUCACCCCGGUGGCAUUUCACGACAUGCCGCUGCUAAACAGCGUCGGCGUGCACGAGCCAUUCGCCCUAAGGAGCAUAAUCGAAGUCAUCACAGACAGCACCUACGGGCUAGGCGAGUCCUACGGCGACUCUGCACACCUCGAGCGCCUCCAGAAAGCCGCAGACCAAAUCAAGGCCUCGUCGCUCUCAGUCUACAACACAAACGCCAUCUACCAAAUAUGCACCAACAGCCUCGACGCAACCGCCACAAGCGGCGGCGACGGUAUGGCCGGCAUGGUCACCACAGCCUCCGUCGCCGAUAAAGUCUUCUCCCCCUUCGAGGUCGCCUGCCUCGACAUCCAAGGCAAACUAGCCGGCAUCCCCGUCUCCGAGCUCCUAGGCGGCCGCGUCCGCAAUAACGUGCAAUACUCCGCCUACCUCUUCUACAAAUGGGCCGGCCACCCCGGCCACCCCGACGACGAAUACGGCGCAGCCCUAACCCCCGAAGGUCUCGUCGCGCAAGCCCGCAAAAUCAUAUCCGAGUACGGCUUCCGCGCAAUAAAACUCAAGGGCGGCGUCUUCGCACCCGCGCAAGAAGUCGCCGCCAUCAAAGCCCUCCACGCCGCAUUCCCCUCCCUCCCGCUCCGCCUCGACCCAAACGCCGCCUGGACAGUCGAGACCUCGAAAUGGGUUGCGCAGGAGUUAGCUGGCAUAGUCGAGUACCUGGAAGACCCGGCGCCCGAGAUCGAGGGCAUGGCCGCCGUCGCGGCUGAGGCGUCCAUGCCCCUCGCUACCAAUAUGGCCGUCGUGGCAUUCGCCCAUCUCCCGCCUUCGAUCGCGCAGGAUGCCGUCCAGGUCGUGCUCUCGGAUCACCAUUUCUGGGGCGGCCUGCGCAGGUCCCAGACGCUGGCGGGGAUCUGUGCGACGUGGGGGAUGCGGCUGUCCAUGCACAGCAACAGCCAUUUGGGGAUUUCGUUGGCGGCGAUGACGCAUUUGGCGUCUGCGACGCCGAAUUUGGAUUAUGCGUGUGAUACGCAUUGGCCGUGGAAGAGGCGCGAUGAGGAUGUUGUUGUUGAUGGGGCGUUGAGGUGGGUGGAUGGGGGCGUUGUUGUGCCAACGGCGCCUGGGCUGGGGGUUGAACUUGAUCGGGAGAGGCUGGCUCGUUUGCAUAAACAGUAUCUGGACUGUGGGAUUCGGAAGAGAGAUGAUACGACUUAUAUGAGGAAGUUUGAGCCAGGCUUUUCGGCGACGAUACCGAAGUGGUGA